AUGAGUAGGUCAUUAAACAAUGAAGCCAAGGAACGGAUCCGGCAAAGUGAGUUGAUGGUGAAUAUUGGAAACGUCGAAGUCGAAUCAGUACUACCAACUGCUUCUGAAUAUACCAAAGGACUGUAUGAUCAAGUAAGUUGAGUUUUAGGUAACUGAAGCGGCUUUACAAGUUAAGUUAACAAUAAAAUUACUAAGUUGUACGAACUUAGUAAUUUUAUUGCUAUUGCCGAAGACAGCGUAUUUUACAAAAAAUAACUGAAUAUACUUUGUUUCCUUUGUAAAAGAGAAUAUUCUUUAAAUUCAUAGCAAGAUCCUUAAAUGAUAGAUCAUUAUAAACACAUUUUUACAAUUUAGAUAAGAGACAAAGAGCAACGGUUGGCAAAAAUGAAGGAAAGUUUGGAACAUUACACUGAACAGAACGAAAAAGAGCAAAAAGAAGUUGAUAAUCUGACAGCUGAACGAGACAAUCUGAAGGUAAGUCUGUAAACACAAUUUUAAAAUGUUAAUAAAUCAAAAAUAAACCCAAGUUGUGUCAAAAUAAGGCUUACAACUUCUAAAAAACAGGCAAAAAUUACAAAAAAUAACUAAUUAUCAAAAAGCAACACUUAACUCGAUAAAAUUUGAGUCAACUGUUUUUCCUUCAAACAAAUUCUUUUUGAUUCGACAUUUUUGUGGAUAUUACCCUUCAUAUUCAUCACAAUAAAACUUUCAGGGUAUAGCAGAAAACGAAGCAAAACAAAUAGAGGAUGAUCAACAUAAUGUUAAAGUUGGCCGCAAGGAAACCAGCCGUUUGCACAAGGAAAUCGAAGCUGUCCGUCAUAGACUGAACCAAACCAUUGCGAGACGUGAAGAAAUGACCAGUCAUUUACAGAAGCAACAGUUGGUUUACCAAGAUCUUCAGGAGAAAUGUAAAAUUUUUACGAUGUUAGGCUUUGUUUUGUAUUUUAACUUAAAAUCUUUGUGUUGAAUGCUUUUCGCAACGUUUUUAGGUCCUCACGGUUUGAAAUUCUAAUCAAAGAUUUAUGAGUUAUUUUGAGCGACCUUUUCAUGAUAUAAUUGUGAUUUAUAAUGUACAUUGUUUUAGUACAUCAACGAACGAUGCAAAAGAGAACGGUGGAUACGAAACUGAACGUAGCUGAAACAAAUGCUCAGGAACUUCAAGGAGAAGUUUCAAGAGAUCAAAAGACCAUACGGGUAAGUUUUUUCUGCGGAAAAAAACUUUAUAAUAUAAUAGUAUUGUGAUAGAUUACAUUACAAUUUAAAUUUUUAUAUCUAAAGGGUUUCAUUUGGCCUACUAACCUUGUCCGAGUGAUUCUGAAAAUUAACCUGGAAAGGCCUUAAAGCUAUGCACAAAUAUAGUAAAGUAAUGGCAUAUGGCUAACAGUAUACAUUUUUAUAGGACUACAUUAUCAUUCUACGCGUUUAUGUUUAAACAGUCUAUCUGUGAUGUUGUAAACUUUUUUUUGUAAGUUACGCUGCUUUUAGGAGUUAGAAACUUACUUAGCACGAGUAACACGGCAGAUCUACGAACGUCAACGGCAAAUUGACGAUUUGAAGCUGGGACAGUUGGAUCGAAAGGUAAGCAAUAUUUUUACAAUAGUUUAAAUUUUUGUAUUUUUUAUUUUCAAAUGAGAUGGUAUUGUUAUUGUACUGUCAGGCCUCGUCAAGAAGUCGUUCGCCGUAAAAACUUUAUUUACAGGCUGAAAUUGAAGGAAUUCGAAAGAUGAUAAAGAACAUUGAAGGGAAACAAAAAGAGAUUCAGGACAAGUACAUGAAGAAUAUGGCCGUUAGAGAUAGAUUGAAGAUGAAUGUAGUGAAUGCUGUAAGAUUACAUAUUUCAAGCUUUUUGCUAUUUUUGUUAAUGGUAUGACUAGUUUUAUAUUAGGUUGUUCAAAUAAUUCUGCCUUGUUUUGAAUAAAAUACGCGGGGUUAGGGGGGCAAGGAAUUCUUUGAACAACUCCAUAUUUUGUUAUUACCUAAAAUUUUGUAUUAACCGCAGAAUACGGAACAGUCAAUAGGUUUCCAUUGGUUUUACGAUAAGUUAUGAUAAGAAAUUGUCAUGAUAGUACAUGCAACGUUAUUGUCUCUUGAUUUUCAGCAAAAUCAUGCAACAAACGUUGAUAUAGAAGUAGAAAAGUUGAAGCGACGACAAGCUGAAGAAGAACAGUUCAUUGCCAGUAACAACCUGAAAAUUAAAGAUUUGGAAGAGGAAGGAAGAAGGUGGGAGAAAGAAUGGCUUGUUCAGAAUAACAAGGUGAUUUUAAUUGGGGUUGUAGCGACGUUUACUUUGUGUCGUAAAAAUUCUUUUUUUUUGAUUUUUUUAUGUUCACUUUAUUAUUAUGUUUAAUAUGAAACUGAAGGUUUAAAAGUACUUUUUUAGUACACGGAAAUCAACCUUCAACUGGCUGAAGUUAAUUCUGAAAAUAACGUUUUGAGGAAUCGAAUCGAACGAUAUAAAGCCUUAACACAAGCUUUGUUAUCAGAAGAGUAUGUUUGUUAUUUUAAAUAUUCGUAAAAAGAUCAAGGCAUAUGUUAUGUCUUUUUGGUAAAAUACGACAUGUGCAAUAGUUCUUUUUAAAAUUUUGUUAAGCAUUUUUUUAUUAGGAUUAAACAAUUCUGUACACCCUAACUCUAAAAAUUUUCCCUGAGAGGGAGCACAGAAUUAUUUGAACAACCUAAUACUACAAAGAAGCUAAUAGUAAAAACAUUUUAGUUCAAUAGCAAUGUAUAAAGCCUACAUAAUUGGUGCGCCGGAGUUGGACAUUGAUCCUGACGAUCUUACAACAGAUGCGUUAGACAAACUGAUUCAGAACCGCGAUGAGAAGUUGAAAGAAGUCACGGAAAAAUUGGAAAAAGUCAAAGCUGAAGUUCAACGGAAACGAGAGAUUCUGGAGGUAGGUUUUGCUAUUUGUUGGAAAUUUUGAAAUAUAACUUUAGAAUAACGAAGCUUACCUUGGAGACGAAGCCGAACGUUCUUCUGAAUCAAUUGGUUUGAGAAGUUCUAAGAGUGUACCAGACCUUUCUAAGGAUACCAAAGCUCCAAAGACACAAUUGGCUAGGUUUGACAAGAGGAGACAAGAGGUGUGUCACUUUGAUUCGGUUGUUCAAUUAAUUAUGUGCUUCCUUUCAAAGCAAAUUUUCUGGUUAGGGGGCACAGAAUUAUUUGAACAAGUUAAUGUUUUACUAACUACAUUAACUAUAUUUUGAUAUUUAUGACGUAUCUUUUUGAUUAAAAGUCAAUUUUGGAAUUCCCAAGAUAGUUAGAUACUUGUAUAUGUAUAAGUAAUUAAUCAUAAUAUUAUAGAUUCUAAAAGAAGAAGAGAAACGAGCAUUAAGCGAUAUGGCGCAGAGGAAAAAGAAACUUGAGGAUGAAUGUUCGUUAUUGACUACUCAAUGUAAUCGAAUGCUUCAGCGACAGGAAGAAAUCAACAAAGACAUUGAGGUAGGUUAUACAUAAUUACGAUAUGACUCUAUAUAGUUAAUAGUAAUAUUCUUCUUUGAUUUUGUGGUUUUGCACAGUAGGGGGAGAAACGGGCUGUCUAUGACAUUAUUGUGUAGCAGUACAUUAUAAUGCUCAAAAAUAGUACAGAAACAGUAGUAUAACAUGUUGCCUUUAGAUUCAAAAGCAGUUCAACGAAGAGACCAGACAAAAGAUUCAGGAUUUGAAAAAGUUGACAGAGCAAGAAGAAAAAGAGGAAGUGAACAGAAUGGAGAAGAUGAGGAAGGACAAAGAAGAAAAGGUAUGUUAUUUAUAAUGAAUACCUACAUUAUAUUUUUUUUUGGGUAGUUGUAAUGAGAGCUACUGGCUGAAAGUAGGGUAAGGGACUGCUGGGGGUGGGGGUUUGAUAAAAGUAGUUUAGAUGGCAUGGCUUUCCUUUCAAGACUUCAAUUAUCUGUGUUUUAAAGUUUAGUUAAUAAGAAAUAGCUUUCUAAUAUCAUUAUCACUCUUUUCAGACCCAGCAACUCUGUAACAGACUGGCAGAUCUAGAAGCCAAUUUGGUAUUGAAAGAGCAAGAAGUCAACGAUCUAAACAAUAAGAUGAGGCAAGCCAAAGUUGAUGAAGAUAACUUGAGGAAUCGGUACAGUGUCGCCAAAGGACUACGGAUUACUCGGAGGUUACAGGCAAAGGUAAUAAUGACUUAACUGCAAUUGACUAAACAAAUUUAAAUAACUUAAAAUUUAAAAAAGAAUUGUUUAAAGAGUGCGUAUUUUACUUAAAAAUUAUCAUAGAAACGUCAAUAAUCAUAGAUUUUACUGUGAUUUUAUACUAGUUCUUUUUAAAUAUAGCUGAUUAAAGAAAAAAGUUGUUAUGAAUGAAGUCUAAGGUUUCCUAAUGGAUAAUAUUGAUAACGAAAAAUUUUAGCAAGUCAACAAUGUUGCUCAAUCGUUAGAAGAAUGGCAGAGCCGUGUAGAACAAAGUGAACGAGAACUAGCUGAGCUAGAAAAUAUGUUACAGGUUUCUAAGCAGCAGAACCAGCUUCCAAAGCUUCAGUUGGCUACUAUGAAGCCUUAUGGUAAUUUUUUAAUUUUUUUAAAAUUAGGUUUUGAGCUUCGAAAUUUUGAGGUUUAAAGUGAAUUGCUAAUCUGUGAUUUUGAAUUUAGCGGGCCACCUUGUAGGUCAGUUUAAUAAAUAAAAACUAUACUUUUGAGGUAAUCUUUUUUGGUAAAAAACAAUUAAAAAUGACUGUUUAUGCUGCCGAAACUACUAUGAUAUCCAAAAUGUUAAAAUACUAAAGAAAACUAAAUAUGAUUCUUGUAGAUGAAGAAACGAUAGAACUGGAAGAACUACAAAAACAAGAGAAACAGCUAGAACAAGAACUAGAACAAUAUAAAAGGCACAGAAGAGCAGUUGAUGCUGAAAUGAGUGGAGACAUUACAAUAGUUGAGGACAACAAUAUUACCGUGUAA